AUGUCGCAGGCGGAGAAAGCCGAGAAGCUUCUCAAGGAUGCAGAGCUUGCUCAGCUCCACACGCAGACCGAUGUGUCCAUCAGGGAUGCCACGGCUGCAGCGGAUGUUUUCCGCAGCCUCGGAGAUCAUGCUAAGACAGCGGAAGCCAUGCGAAUUCUGAUUGCUGGAAAGCUCAGGAAAGCUGACGGCGCCAGACCGGUAGAGGCUUUGGACCUUGUCAACCAGGAGCUUGCACGAUUCCGUGAGCUGGGCAGCAGAAUAGGAGAGGCUUCAAUGAUGCUCUCGCUGGCGGAGAUCAACACGGACCGCCGCGGUACGCGAAAGAGGGAGGAAUCCUUGCAAAUGGGCCUGCAAGCUCUUGAGAUCUUCAAGGAGUUGGACAACAAGCGGCUACAAGUGUCAGCACUGCAGCACUUGUCCAAUGUGCACAUCAAAUUCUGCGACAAGGGCUGCGCUGGCAAAAGCGGUAGAGAGGCCACUAAAUAUGCUCAAGAAGCCUUGGCGCUGGCCAGGUCACUCCAGGGUGACCCGGUGCAAGACAAGCUCUACGAAGCCUCAGCGCUUCACAAUGUGGCUGUUGGGAAGUGGUACAGCGAGUGCCCCUUUAAGGAUGGCCUAAAGGCGGCCAAAGAAGCCCUAGCAAUCUUCCGACAGUUGGGCCUGAAGAAGUUUCAGGCUGCACAGCUGCAUUCCAUAGCAGACUGGCAUCAAAGACGAGGCAUUGGAAAGCAGGGCCUUCCAUAUGCGGAGGAGUCCUUGCAGAUCUUCCAAGACAUUGAGUCAGGGAAGGGAUGGGAAUCCGCUGCACUUUGUACGGUGGUGUCAGCUCUGAUGGACAAGGACGAUACUGCAGGUGCCCUAAAAGUGGCGCAAGAGGGGGUGGAAAAGUUCAGACAGAAAGGGGACAAGCAGGCGGAGGCCCAGGCCCUCGACUUGUUGGCUGGUGUCUAUUUGGCCAGCAACGAGAAAGAUGAGGCUCUCAAGUUGGCUGAGGAGUCGUUGGCACUUUUCAGAGAGGUGGGUGACAAGCGUGCAGAAUCCUAUGUUCUUCACACGGUCUCUCAGGUCCAGGCAAAGUCAGAGAACCAUGAGGAGGCGGUCAAGCUUGUGAAGGAGUCUCUGGUUUUGGCUGGUGAGCUGGGUGACACUCGUGAGCAGGCAAAAUGCCUGGCUCAGCUUUGCCGCAUGCACCUUUUGGCAAGAGAGUACAAAGAAGCCAUCGAGUUCGCUGAGGAAGCCCAGGUGGUCUUCCAAAAGAGCCAAGAUAAGUGUGGCGAGGGAGUAACGCUCCUGAACAAAGCCUCUGCUCACAUGGGCAUGGGAGAGAUCGAGAUCGCUUUGCAGGUGGCGGAGGAUGCCAAUGCGAUGUUCAUCCAGGAGGAGGACAAAAGGCAGGAGGCAACUGCACACCACUUUUUGUACGAGAUCCACACGCAGGCAGGCAACUACGAGGCGGCUCUUCGAGAAGCCAUCAUGGCCAGGACUAUGUUCCACAAGCUGGGUGAUCAGCGAGAGGAGGCCUCGAUGUGCCUGCGGGUAUCCUGUGCGCAUAUCCAGGUGCUGAACAAUAGCCGCAAUUUGGGCCGAAGAGAGACAAAGAAAGGUUGCGAUGGUGCAUUGAAAGCAGCUAAGGAAGCAGUCGCCAUUGCCAAGAAGUUUGAAAGGGAAAAGGCAUUCCUGGCAAACGCCUACAGCAUGAUGGGCCAAUGUCAGGGUAUGGUUGGAAAGAUGAAGGAGGGGCUGAAGUCGGCCAACGAGGCACUGAGGAUUUCUGAGGAGAGCAGCGACAGACGUGGUCAGGCCGCUGCCUUGGUGACUAUUGGCGAAAUCUACUCAAUGAACGGAAAGAAGGACGAAGCGAGAAAGUUCGCUCACAAGUCUUUGGACAUCGCUCAGAAGAUCAAUGAUCCUCAGAGCCAAGAUGCUGCACUGCAGCUCCUGGAACACCUGGAAGGCAAAGGGAAGGGCAAGCAGGACGACUAUGUCGAGGACACUGGUGCCAUGGCAGCGCCAGGUGGCGCAGAAGUCAGCACGGGCGCAAGUGAAAUUGGGCCAUAUAAGGGGCCCACAGUGGAUGCCCUGAUUCCUCGCAUCAAUGAGAUUGCAAUGCAGCUGGUGCAAACUGAUGAACUUCACCAGGACGCACCGCUCAUGGAUGCAGGUCUAGACAGUUUGUCCAUGGUACAGUUCAGGAAUGCUUUGCAGCAGCAGUUCCCAGGAGUACCUAUGCCUGCAUCGCUGAUCUUUGACAAUCCGUCUGUGCGAGCGCUUGGUCUCAACAUCCACGAGGAGCUUAAGUCAGCACAUGAAGCUGGACGGCCACUGGUUUGA